AUGCAAAUGGCGAUUGCAAUUGCCCAAGGUGGAUUUGACACGGUUGAGCCAAAGCGCAAUCCGGGCCAGGAAUCUCUAUCAACUGGAGGUGGACCCUCGUUUCAGACUGGUGAUGUGAGCGUCAGCUUCAUCCAAAGGCACCAAUUUGACACUUCAGAGGAGCUCGAAACAGUGUUUGUAGCUGACUUGGCGUUCACACAAGCCCAUUUACCAACCGACCCCAUCAAAGACGCGCCUCUUCGCAAACACCUUGAUACAGGCGCCCAGGAGACUUGUCUCGGGUAUCGUACUGAACCGGGCCCGAUGGCGAGGAUGCGCACGACGCGAGCACGACGACACGGAGAAGACGCGGCAGGGGAGGCUCGUGGCGCCUCGUCAUUCUGCGGCCGCGUCCGCCACGAAGCUUUACGGCAGGCGCCAUGUCUCUGUUCUCGACAGUCGCAGCUUUGCUCGUGGCCUCGGCCCUCACAACCCACUAACGUCGUUUCUGCGUUUGCGGCAUGUUCCUGGCCCUUGCUGGGCGGCUUGGACGCCAUUUUGGCUUGUACUGAUGCAACUGAGCGGUCGGAUGCACUUUGUCCUUCACGACGUGACCUAGAAAUACGGCCCCGUCGUAAGAAUCGGUCCCGACUGGGUUGUCUGCGGAGGUGUUUCCGAGCUCCGCCGCAUCUGGGCAUGGACGCGAUCAUGGUGGUAUCGCGGGAUCGCAUCGACCCCUACCGGGACAGUUCGUUUUCCACGAUAGACGACAGGCUGCACAGUGUCAUUCGGAACAAGCUGAUGCCAAGCCACGGCGACAAAGACGUCGACAACCUGCACCGGCACAUUGAUGAGCAGGUUGCCAACCUGGCCCGGCUGAUAGACACAGAGGACGUGUCGACCGGUCCGAGCCGCUACAAGGGUGUUGAUCUGGCGCAGAAAGUACAGUAUUUUGCCCUGGAUGUGAUAUCCACGCUUGCCCUUGGCAGGACGUUGGGCCAUCUGGCCGAGGACCAGGACAAGUUUCGCUACAUUGAAACCGAGAACCAGACUGUCUGUAUCCUCGUGUCCACCACGCUUAUACCCGGCGUCAUCCGUGUUUUACAGUCUCCCUACUUCAAAUGGGUCAUGCCACGGAUCGGGGACAUGGCGGGCAUCGGCAACGUAAUCAACCAUCCAAUCGACGAUGCCGUUUCUCAUGACCUCGCCACGAGUAUACGCGCGUCAGCAGGCCGCGAUGGACCGGGAAAUCAAGCUGGUGCGCAUCUCGUCUCCCAUCUCCGACGCCGAGGCACGAGGGCUCCCAUACCUCCAGGCGGUCAUGCUCGAAGGCCUGCGCAUGUUCCCACAAGGGCGGCGUUGUACCCCGAGGUUUCUUCCCGAGAUGAAGUCUUGUGCGGAGUGCCCGCUCCCGCAGGCGCAAAUGUCGCCUGGUCCCCUCAGUCGGUUAUGCGAGACCAAGACAUAUUUGGCAGCGAAGCCGAUCUGUUCCGGCCAGAACGCUGGCUGGAUCGCACCCAAAAGUCCAAGCCCAGGGAGCAGUCCGUCAUGAUGGCCUUUGCAAGCGGCAGCCGCCGGGAGAGCCUAGGGCGGAACAUUGCCAUGACUGAGCUGAACAAGAUCUAUGUCGAGGUGAGUAACACCAAGGUGGUUGCGUGUGAAUGGCACGGUGGUUGGCUCUCGAACCAAGAGACUGACCGACCUGGGGGCCCAGCUUCUUGGGCGCCUCGACUUUACGCUGCUGGACCCCAGGAAUCCAUGGAAGUCGUUCCAUGCAGGACUGUUCUGUUCAGCCAGACUGAUUUCAGUGUGAGAAUCACCCGGCGGGCAAGCUGCUGA